UGCGUGCGUCCCCAAAGUUGACGGGCAUGUCCAUUCAAAUGGUGUGUGUGCACCGUGUCCUGUGAUCAAUUUUGUGGGGCUUACCUCCCCACCCCCAUAUUUUAUUUAAUUCGGCCACGCUGUCUGAGACUGAUGGGAGUUGGAGUCCAAUAGAACUUGGAGGCCCACAGCUUCGCCAUCUCUGCUUCUGGGGCGAGGCAGUAGCUGAGUGAUUGGAGAAGGUCCAUAGCUGAGCAUCUGGAAAAGACAGGACUCAGGGAGACGAAGCUCGGAGGGAGGAAUACUGCCACGGUGGCGGAGAGGGAAGCGGACCCGAUUCCUGCAUCGCAGGAAGUUGGACUGAAUGACCCUCGGUGCCCUUUCCAACUCUACCAUUUUACGAUCGUAUACGCAAAGGCGGCGAGUUUGCUGUUGCCGUUCGUUUCGCGCAUUAGCCGCGUGCAGCGUGCAUAACACUCGUGUCCCGAGCUUGUUUCCUGCGAUUACAAGCGAGGAAGAGGAGGGACGGCAGGUGACAAAGGGCGCCUCAGAGCAGCUUGCCCAGCUGACAGUCCCAAGACGUCGCCUUCUGACAGAGGAGAGGAGGGCUGCCGUGGCAAAACGGCGCGAUAAAUACCAGAUGGCCGGCGCGCAAGCAGCCCUGCACCAGGCGCAACCCUGACGCCGCGGGCGAGCCGUCCACUCCGCUCCUUUGCGCAAGGCGCGCUGCAGCUCAGCUCCGCAGCAAAGCAGCCCUCCUCUGGACCCCGCUUUCCUUCCACCUCUGCAAAAGGUGGGGACCCAAAGUCCCCUGCAGAAACCUCCGCUCCCAGCGUCGUCGAGGACGCUCUCCAGAUACCCUUAGAUCUCCCCUUGGGCAUGCACCAGCGCGCUGCUCUUGCAAACUCCGUCGCCGCCGCUUUGCCAGGCAUUUUGGCGCAGCCUUAGAAAAUCUCCGUCGUAAACUCCCCCUCGAAGCCUGGGCUGUGCCGUCGGUUGUGCCCCUGCGCCUCUCCUGCGAAGCGCCUCGCACGUGCCGCGCCAUGGAGCGCCCGCGCCUGGAGGCGCAGUGCUACCGAAACGGGGACUGCCACCCCGGACGCCUCCUCGGGGGCUUGAGCGAGCUGGCGGCUGGCAGCAACCCCUGCGAGAUCCGGAAGCCGGCGGCGAAGCUCCCGCGCCCGCCGUCGGACAAAGGCAGCCGGGCCCGGGAAGGCGAGGAGCGGGAAGAGAGGGACGGGCUGCCUGCCCUGGAGGAUGCGUACACCACCAUCCUGGAGGGCCUGGGCGAGGACCCGACCCGGGAAGGGCUGCUGCUCACGCCCCGUCGGGCCGCCAAGGCCAUGCAGUUCCUCACCAAGGGCUACCGCGAAACCGUUGGAGACAUACUCAACGAUGCAGUUUUCGACGAGGACCACGACGAGAUGGUGAUCGUGAAGGACAUUGAUAUGUUUUCCCUCUGUGAACAUCACUUGGUACCUUUCUUUGGCAAGGUGCACAUUGGAUACUUACCGAGGAAGAAAGUGGUUGGCUUAAGCAAACUUGCAAGAAUCGUUGAAAUAUUCAGCCGAAGGCUUCAAGUCCAGGAGCGGCUUACCAAGCAGAUUGCCCUGGCAAUUACUGAAGCCCUGAAGCCUGUUGGAGUGGCUGUGGUCAUUGAAGCAUCGCACAUGUGCAUGAUCAUGAGGGGAGUUCAGAAGAUGAGCAGCAAAACCGUUACGAGCGCCAUGCUUGGAGUCCUGCGGGAAGAUCCCAAAACCAGGGAGGAGUUUCUCGCCUUGAUCAAGAAUUAAACGACAGCAGCUUGCGGCUCUCUGUGGGUUUGGAUCCCACACUCGAAACCAGUUGCCAAGACAUAAUUGCCUUCUGUGAGCCAGAAUCUGUGCCAUAAAAGAAGAGGAAGAAGACAAAAAAAGGUGAAAGCAAAAAAAGAGAAGAAAAUAAAUAACUGCACCACAGCUUUGUUCUCGCUUCUGGGUAACACCUUAAGAGUGUCGUUAAACAUUAGCUAGGCAGCACAAGCACCGAACUCCCAUUUUGCAGCAAAGAAAUCAGGUAUCCCUGAUACGGCAGCAUCUUGUGACAUGGUGAGCCAAGGGCCUCUUUGCACCCUGCAUCUUCUAACCCUUUGAGAACAAAGCAAGCGAUCCAUCCUCUCCCGUGAGUUUUCAUGCAUCACAAGAGUCGCACUUUUGAGCACAUAAAAUGUGAAUGCAAGAUAGGCUUAUUUGCAAAGGUGUGUUGUGUAGGUGCAUUUAGGAUUGGCUGCAGUUCUCUUCAUCAGUACGCUCAGUGGAUGGUCCAGGGGUGGCCUGUUCUAGUGCAGGUAGGGGGAGCCUCAGGCCCAAAUGUGGCCCCCUAGGUCUCGUAUUUCCGGUUCUAGGAAGCCUGCCAGGCCCCUUACCCCGGCCCUACUCCUUACUGGUCCCGCUCUGUGUCUUCCUUAGGUACUUUUGCCUUUGUGGCAUGAGAGCCUCACUUAAAAAAAGAGAGAAAAGCACAAAUACCACUCAAAAUACAUCUACCUUACAAACUUUUAUUGGUUUAAUAUUGACUGAUUCGUUUUUGCUUACUCUCAGGCAGGCAUAGGCAAACCCGGUCCUCCAGAUGUUUUGGGACUACACCUCCCAUCACCCCUGACCACUGGUAAUGUUAGCUAGGGAUGGUGGGAGUUGUAGUCCCAAAACAUCUGGAGGGCAGAGUUUGCCUAUGCCUGCUCUAAGGGAUCCUGGGAAUGAUAGUUUGGUUAGGGUGCUGAGAAUUAUGUUAAAAGUUAACGUGUCAAUCCAUUCCCCCCUGGGAUUGGUCCAGGGAACACAAAUUGCUGGUUAACUAGUUCAUGGUGGCAAACCUUUGCAUGUUUGCUUCGGAGCCAGGGUUGUGUCCUGCUAAGUCGUUGAAUGGCUGGAAUGAUGUUUAGAGGUGCAACAGAAUGUCCCCUCUCUCUCUUCCCCUUGCACCAGCCAAAUCUGGCCCGGGGUUUUGGGGGGGAAGAGACAUUCUAUUGCACUUGUGAAAGCUAUAGUUGUUCCGCUUGCGCAAUGACUUGGCUGAGUGAAUUAGAUUGUGCUACAUGGGGGGCAGCUGCACCCUUCCCAAUCGAGCAAAACAAUAGAAAUACU